GCAAAACAAAAGAAAACUGCCAGACUGAUAGGGUAUGUUAGUACGUUUUCCAAUUGUUAUCAUAUUUUGCGUUAAAAAAUGUAGUGUAUAUCCUAUAAAUAUGGAGUCUUUAUAAUAUUGUGCUAACAGGUGUCUUAAAAAUUAAAAAAAAAAAAAAAAUAUAUAUAUAUAUAUAUAUAUUGAAUGCGUACAAAACGGACAAGUGUAAAGAAUUGUCAACAAAGGCAGAGCAGCAUCAUCCACCCCCACGAAAAAUACAUAAAUGAAAAACUUGCACAUAAACAAACAGAACAAAGUCCUUUGCUCGGUGCGGUAAUUUUGUUCUGAAACUAAGCCUGUUGGUGUGCACCGCAAUAGCACAUUUUCACCAUGCACACGCGGGGAUAACGGAAAGGUGAAAAGUUAAUUGAAUGAUCCACUGGAUCUAAUUGCCUUGCAACCACUUACGUACACACACACACAGUUAUAAACUAAAGUGUGACGUUAAAUGAGCUGGAAUACUUAACAUCACAAGGUUAACAAUCGAGAAAAAGUAUGGAGUUCGCAGAUCUCAUUAAAACCCCAAAGCUAGACGGAGUGUUUUUACAUGACCAUCUGCACGCCAAAGUUGAAGGAACGCUUUGCAUUACUGGUCAUCAUCUGUUAUUGAGCGCACGACAGGAAAACAGCCAAGAAUUAUGGCUACUACACAAGAACAUCGAUUGUGUGGAGAAAAAACCCUACACUGUGCAAAACAUGGUGAUGGGUGGCAUUAUAACAUUGAAAUGCAAAGAUUUGCGCAUCAUUUCACUCGAGAUUAAAUAUGCUAAGGAAUACUACAAUGUAGCUGCCUCGUUGGAGGCACUCAGCUCUCUACAUAAUCCCGAACUCGAAUAUCCUUUUUUCUAUCGACCAAUGUAUACUAUUCUCGAGGAUGGCUUCACGAUGUUCCGUCCCGAGUUGGAAUUUGCAAAACUAAUUUCCGGUGCUGCCUGCAAUCAACUGAACGGUAAUGAAAAUAGUGUUGGUGUGACUAAUAAUACAACUGGAAGCUGUGAGUGGCGUAUAACGACUGUGAAUAAGGACUUCAGUGUAUGUCCAACAUAUGGCACAGUACUUAUUGUGCCUAAAUCUGUAACGGAUGAACAAAUUGUGCAAUCAGCUGCAUUCAGGGAUGGUGGGCGGUUUCCGGUGCUUAGUUAUCGGCAUGAGAAUGGGGCCACCUUAAUGCGCAGCGCACAGCCUCUCCCCAUUCAAGGCAUCAAACGUUGUCGCGCCGACGAAGCGAUACUUAACGUUGUGCUGGGUCGUAGUAAAAAAGGAUUUAUCGUGGAUACUUGGGGUAAGGGUAAAUCAAACACCGAAACGGAUCAGCACUAUUCACAAUGGAAGAAAGUUAAUCGCGCUAUCGGCAAUAUAUCCACGCCUUCAGCGAUUCUAGACAGUUAUGCGAAACUUAUUGAAGCAUGCAAUGACACCACUUGUUCGGCGGAUAAAUGGUUGUCACGUUUGGAAGCCAGCGGCUGGUUAAGCCUCGUACUUAAUUCACUUAACGCUGCCUGUGUAGUUGCACAAUGCUUGGAUCAAGAAGGCAGUCCUGUGUUGGUGCAUGGCUCCAAAGGUUUGGAUUCCACGCUUAUAGUCACCUCCUUAGUGCAGAUUAUACUUAAUCCUGAUUGUCGCACAGCACGAGGCCUACAAGCAUUAAUUGAACGUGAAUGGAUACAGGCUGGUCAUCCGUUUGCGUCACGCCAUCGUUAUGCUUGCUAUACACCGGCACAGAAUCGUCCGAAAAAUUCGGGCGCUACAUUUGUGCUAUUCCUCGAUUGUAUUUACCAGCUGUACACACAAUUUCCGUGUAGUUUUGAGUUUAGUAUGCAUUUGCUAAUAUUACUAUACGAACACAGCUAUUUCUCGCAAUACGGCACAUUUUUGUGCGAUUCGGAACGUGAGCGUCACGAGUUGGGCGUGCAAACGCGCACCACCAGCUUGUGGUCGUACCUAAAUCGACCGGAUGUAUUGAAAAACAUGCUGAAUCCAUUGUAUGAACCAAAUCCAAGUGUGAUAUGGCCGAGUGUAGCGCCGAUUUCGUUGGAGUUAUGGAGUGAACUGUAUCUGCGCUGGACUAUUGAGCAGAAGAAUAGCUCAAAAAUGUUGCAGCAAAUACAGGAAUUGGUCACUCGGGAAAAAGAGUUGCGUGCGAAAGCUAUACGCCUACGCAAACAAGCAUCGGAUCUAAGCAAUGAAAUGGAUGAUCUUUUGAUUGCCGAAUGAUUUCCUCGAACACAAAACAAAACAACCGAGCAUUUCUUGAAUGCCCAAAAAAAAAAAAGAAAAAUUUUGAUUAAAUUCAAAGUUCAAAUUUUCACUUUGUUUUCUCUAAGUGUCUCUCUAACUGAAAAUAGUCUUUUAUUAAGGAAUUCGAAUAGUUUUCAGACACGUGCGGACACCUGAAUGGUGUACACACGUAUGCACAUGUAAAUUGAGUCAAUUUUGACGCAUUUUUAUUGUAAUAGGUCGUAAGUUAAUAUUUAAGCUAAUAAAUAAUGAAAAUCCAAAUCAAAUUCCGCUAGAGGCAGAGUUGAUAUAUUGAAAGAGAACAAUAAAUUGGUUUGCUAGUGAAUGUAUAUGUGAAUGUAAAUUUAAAUUAAAUGCCAAUUACUAUUUAUAACAUUUUGAAGCAAUGUGAAGUAUGACAAAACACACUUAAGACUCUUUGCAUUGGUAGUGCGUACGCUGAAUUUUGUUAUUGACAUAAAAGGUUUAAAAAAAAAUUAGCUUUUUUUUUGAUAAAUGAACUUCACGACAUCACUGCUAUAUUAUAGUUGAAAAAAAUAGUAUUUUUAGUUUUACAAUUUUCUACUGUUUAAAAAUAGAAAUUUAAAAUUUAAAUACUUUCUUAUCGCGUCUCAAAAUUAUUUAUCACCUACGUUAUUUUUUGCGUUCGAAAAAUGGAACCUAAAAUCUACGUAUAAAAAAGUUACCUUUAAAAGAAACUUAUAAAAAUAUUUUGCAUCUAAUUUGCAACUUAUUCAAACAUACACGUGUACAUAUGUCUUGAAAAGUGCCGAGAUGUAGGGAUAGCAUUAAGCAAAGGCAAAGAGCGCUUUAUUUCAUAAAUUUGCUUAUCUACAAGUUUAUUAUAUUAGACCUAAAAUUUUAUAGGACACAAAAGACAAUUUAGAUAGUACUGAAAUCUCAAUAAAUGCUUGAACCAA